ACACUUAAAAAUGCAAUCGUUGUCAGUCCAAUGUGUCAAUAUUCAGCCGUUGAUGGUUUUCCCACACCUUAUCAUUUGGCUCAUUUGGGUUCAUUUGCUAUACACGGAGCAGGAACGAUUAUGAUGGAAGCUUCUGGCGUUACGCCUCAAGGCAGAAUCACACCGGAAGAUUUGGGUAUCUAUAAGGAUGAACAUAUCCCUGCUCAUGCUUCUUUGGUUUCUGCAUUGAGAUCAUUCACCAAAGAUUUGACAGUGGGUGUUCAAAUUGCUCAUGCAGGUAGAAAAGCAAGUACUUGGUCACCUUUCUAUGAAGGACCAAAGAAGAACCCAAAUUACGUAACUGCCGAAGAAGGUGGAUGGCCUGAAGAAGUUGUCGGUCCUUCAGCAUUGGCUUAUGAUGAAGGCCAUAUUGUCGCCAAAGAAUUGACAACGGAAGAAGUACAAGAGAUCGAAACAAAAUUCGUUGAGGCAGCAGAUCGUGCAUACAAAGCUGGUUAUGACUUUGUCGAACUUCAUGGUGCUCAUGGAUACUUGUUGCACUCCUUCUUAUCCCCACUUUCGAACAAGAGAAAAGAUCAAUACGGUGGCUCAGUUGAAAACCGUGCAAGAUUGAUCACCAAUAUCGUCGAAAAGAUCAACAAACAACAUCCCGAUUUGAGCGUUUGGGUUCGUGUUUCCGGAUCUGAUUUCGCUGAUCAUUUAAAGGAAAAAGGUGAAGAUCCAUGGACGAUUGAAGGAACGAAGGAAUUCGCAAAAUUGCUCUCUAAACUCAAUGUUGACGUUUUGGAUAUCAGUGGUGGUGGUUUGGUAGGCGCACAACAAGUUAAAGCAGCACCUGGCUAUCAAUUACCAUUUGCAAAAGCAGUUUCUCAACUUAAAUUAAGUCAUCCUUUGGUUGGUACUGUUGGAAGAAUGGAAUCCGGUGAACAUGCCGGUUAUUUGGCCGAACAAGCUUUGCACGAAUCUGAUGCAAGUUUGGUUUUGAUUGCACGUGGAUUCUUAACAAAGCCAAAUUGGGUUGAAGAAUCAGCUGAGAAGCUUGUUGGAGAAGUGACGGCAACUAACCCACAAUAUCAUAGAGCUUUACCGGUCAAAGAA